AUGAGAACCUACUUUGUCACUGGUCGGAGUAAUGAUUACAAAUUACCGAAUAAACUAUUUGGAAAUCAGUCUAAUUUUGCUGAAGUUUUAGAACAAGAUGUUGAUCAAAUAGAAUCAGAACAUUCAACCUUAUCCUACGAGAGAUCAGUUUCUGAUGAUGAUGACGAUGAUGAUGGCAGUAACAACGGCGAUUGUGUAAAGGAUGAUCUAUCCGAUGAUGAUGUUGAUGAUAAUGAUGCAGCUAAAGAUAAUAUCUCGGAAAAUUCAAUUGCCGUUGAUUUGGACGAUCUUGAACAUUUCGAUAAAUCCAAUGCUGAAAACCGAUUAAAUGCUUUUAAUGAUGCUACAUUGAAUUGUGAUGUUCUGAACAGUAGAGCAGCCAGUUUGAUAGAAAAAAUCAACCAUCCAAAAAUACCAAUAAUACAUAAAGGAAAAGAAUAUAUGAAUGAUAGCAUGCCAUUAGAUAAAAUCACACCAACCGAUCUACGCACUAACACACAUACUACUGAUCACCGUAUCACUAGUAGUAGUAGUUGUAGUAAAUUUUUAACAGCUAACGAUGUUUCUCACCAUUUGUCAGGAUUAAGCGUGAAUCCAUCAUCUUCACUUGGCUGGAAGACGCGUGACAGUCUGGAAUUAGAUCAUUUGACUAAGUACUGUCUGCAGCCUAAGAAAACAAAAGAGAUGUGUCGUUCUCCAACAUCACCUAACCAUAAAAAAGAUGUAAAAUUCGAUUUGAGUAGCAAAGAAGUGAUUUCUGAUAAUUAUGUAACUAGUUAUUAUGAUUAUAUGCAAACAACAGAACCUGAUUCUGUCGAAAACGGUGAUAAUGUGGAAGAAGCAUCGAAUAACAAGAAAAGUGCUGCUGUGAAAUUCCAAUCCUCUGAACAACAGGGGUUAGUCGAUAUGAAUUCCAAAAACAGUGCAUUCGUGAAACAAACUUACGAAGGUGAUGUAUUAAAGUACAAAAUUGAAAGAUUCAGAAAAAUGAUGAAAGACGAGUCAUUUAGUCAGAUGAAUACAGUUACCUUCACUUCAUCUGGAUCUGAUCUAUUCAACGAGCUUACUGAACCGUUGUCUUUAGCCUUAACAGAAUUGGCAAUAGUACGACCAAGUGAACCAAUAAAAUAUCUGGGAUCAUGGCUUAAAUGUUACACAUCAAUGAAAUGA